AGGUGUCCGAGCCUCGCCGCUGACCUCCCCUCGGUUAUCCCUCGAGGAGCAGCCUCCCCACCAUGUCCGUGAGCAGCCACGAGAACCGGAAAUCCCGCUCGAGCUCCGGCUCCAUGAACAUCCAGCUCUUCCACAAGCCGGGCCACGCCGACAGCCUCCUGACCCACCUGAACCUGCUCCGCAAGCGGCACCUCUUCACCGACGUGGUGCUGCGCGCCGGGAACCAGGCCUUCCACUGCCACCGCGCCGUGCUGGCCUCCUGCAGCCGCUACUUUGACGCGAUGUUCAGCGGGGGCCUGAAGGAGAGCAGAGACGCGGAGGUCAACUUCCACGACUCCCUCCAUCCCGAGGUGCUGGAGCUGCUGUUGGACUACGCCUACUCGGCCCGCGUGCUGAUCAACGAGGAGAACGCGGAGUCCUUGCUGGAGGCUGGGGACAUGUUGCAGUUCCAGGAUAUUCGGGAUGCUUCGGCCGACUUCCUGGAGAAGAACCUCUACCCGGGGAACUGCCUGAACAUGCUGCUGCUGUCCGAUGCCCACUGCUGCGAGCGGCUGCUGGAGCUGUCCUGGAGGAUGGCGUUGGCCAACUUCACCUCGCUCUGCAAGACCGAAGACUUCCUCCGCCUGCCCAAAGACAAGCUGCUCGAGCUGGUGGAGAGCGAAGAGCUGGAGGUAGAGGAUGAGACCCUGGUGUACGAAGCUGUUAUAGGCUGGAUCCGGUACGAUUUGCCCCAACGCCACGAAGUUCUGCCGGAGCUGCUGCGCUCCGUCCGCCUGGCUCUUCUCCCCGAGUCCUACCUGCGGAAGCAAGUGGCCUGCGAGAAGCUGGUGACCAGCCACAAGCUGGGGGAGGAGAUCGUGGCCGACGCGGUACGAUGCAAAAUGAAGAUCCUGCAGAACGAUGGCCUUGUGACGGGGUGCUGUGCCCGGCCCCGCAAGGUCAGCCAGGCCCUGCUGCUGCUCGGUGGCCAGACCUUCAUGUGCGACAAAAUUUACGUGCUGGAUCAUAAAACUCGUGAGAUCAUUCCCCGUGCUGACAUCCCAAGCCCCCGCAAGGAGUGCAGUGCCUGCGCCAUCGGGUGCAAAGUGUACAUCACGGGUGGCAAAGGCUCCGAGAACGGAGCCUCCAAGGAUGUCUGGGUUUACGACACCCUCCACGACGAGUGGGCGAAGGCUGCACCCAUGCUGGUGGCGCGGUUUGGCCACGGCUCCGCUGAGCUGGACAACUGUCUGUACGUGGUGGGGGGUCACACAGCAGGGAGCGGCGCCUUCCCGGCCUCUCCCUCCGUCUCUCUCAAGCAAGUCGAACACUACGACCCCCAGCUGGACAAAUGGUCCUUGGUGGCCCCCCUCCGAGAGGGUGUAAGCAACGCCGCCGUGGUGGGGGCCAAGAUGAAGCUGUUUGUUUUCGGUGGCACCAGCGCAAACCAGGAGAAGUUGCCCAAGGUGCAGUGCUUUGACCCCUGCCAGAACCGCUGGACGGUGCCUGCCAGCUGCCCCCAGCCCUGGCGGUACACGGCCGCAGCGGUGGUGGGCAGCCACAUCAUCGUGAUCGGGGGGGACACGGAGUUCUCUGCCAGCUCCGCUUACCGCUUCCACAGUGACACCUACCAGUGGUCCAAGUUCGGGGACGUGACCGCUAAGCGCAUCAGCUGCCGUGCUGUUACAUCGGGCAACAGACUCUACGUGGUGGGGGGCUACUGUGGGGCUCAGCGCUGCAAAACGCUGGACUGUUACGACCCGUCAUCGGACACCUGGAGCAGCGUCACCACAGUGCCUUACUCCCUGAUCCCCACCGCCUUCGUCAGCACCUGGAAGUACCUCUCUGCCUGAGCUGCGGUGUUGUGAAGAACCUGGAAGGUAAAUGGUUGUGUGCCAACGGAGAGCUGCUCCUUAACUCUGUGCUGCGUGAGGGUUGGACUCUGAAGGGCAGAUGCGCUGUGAUCCUGCCUGGAGUUGUCCUAGAGAACAGCCUCGGGCAGACAGCGGCUCCAGAAAUGUGCUUCUAGGCUGGUAGUUUGAGAUCUAAAACCCUGCCAGAGAGAGCAUCUUUUUAGACGCUCAAAUGCCGUGGGGAGAAGCUUAGUAUAAAUAACAAGACACUUAACCUGGCGUCCCAGCCCUUCCACUGAGUCUUGGCCUAUGCAAAGAUUUUGGGGAAUGCUAGCUGCGAGCAGGAUUGGGUGUCCCUGGUGCAGAAAGCUCAUCGAGCCGAUAGCUGCGUUAACACGCGGGCUGCCGGGGGGAGCUCGGGCAGACGGUGUGGUGCCACGAGCGGCUGGCUGCUGCUUUUAGCACAGCUUCCUCCUCCUGGUGCCACAGUUAAUCUGCUAGUGGCACCCAAAUGUCUUGUGGGACACGAGGGCUACGAGCUGGUGCCAGAAUAAGAUUAUGGCUGGGAUUUAGUCCCAGGAUGGCUGGUAAUUGCAUCUGUAAGACAAGCCCUGUCUACAUAUAAACAUAGGGUUUCUCCACUUCUAAUUACUCUCUGGUGUCCCCUUCAAGCCAUUUCUUUCCUGCUACGCAGCAAUUAACUUUUUAAAAUUUUGCAUCUGGAAUUAAACCUUCCUAGACACUUUUGGCAGAAAAGAUGCCAGUGAAUCACAGAUCCCCGCUUUUUUUUUUCCCCCCCUUGCAAGAGAUCUGCUAACCAAACAAACUCGUUUAAUAAGAUAAUCUGUAACACCUAGAGAAAUUCUUGGCCGUAGAGGGGAAGAAGCAGUAGUCAUUCCACAAUAGCAGAUUUCUCUGUUGGUUUUGAGCCCUGGGGAGCAUUCUUGGGUUUAGCGCGCACGUCUCAUAACGCUCUCUUCCGCACUACAGGCUUCACCUCUGAUUUUGCCACUUGUACCUCACCAAGGACCCAGACAGAAGACACGGGCAGUAGGAGUGCCUCCCUGCUACCCAGCAAGUCUGAACUGUCCUGGAUGGCAGCCCUUGUACAGAUCUCAUUAGCAGCAGCAGGGCUCAGGGCAACGCAGCUUUGGCUCUGAACCACUUCUGUAAAUCCCCUUCAUUCAGAUCAGGGAGGGGACAAGCGUGGAGGGGCCCCUGUGGACUGGCAGCUUGUGCUGUCCCUUGAGACGGCACGAGGUUUCCAAGUUGUCUGCUCACUCAUGUGAUCUCAGGCCGGGAGCCAGAGGAUUGUUUUCUACUUCUUUCUUUUAAUAUUUUAAGUGAUAUUUUUACUGGAAAGGACAAAGGAAGCUCUUUAGUAACUGGCAGCAGGCUCUGGGCUGUACUGCUGUGUGAUAGCUGUGACUUGGAAUGCAGUCAGCACCAGAGGCAGUUGCCUGAAAUGUCUUAACACGUGACAGUACUUUGCCCAUGGGCUGGUUCUGUACAUUUUUUAUACAGCAGUUGUGUGUGUUUAUUACUUAGACUGGACCUACUUCAAUAAAUCUGAAUAAAA